CCGUAUGCAGGGAGGGCAUCAUGCCAUUUUGACAGCAGAGAACCGAAACCCGAUCCCAAGCCUGCGGUGGCGCUUUUCUCGUUCCUGGAAAAUGGUCACCCUGACGGAGUGUGUGAUUUCUUCCUUGUAGAGUUUUGCGGAGGGGACUGACAUUAACCAGGCUGCAUAGAUUUCCAGGUAAGCCGCUGGCAGACGACGCAGCCGCGCAGUGAUGCCCGUGGAGAGUGGCAGUGGCGGGGUCAGCGCGGCCGGCCGGCAAGCUAAGCAGAAGCGCAAGUCCCACAGCCUGUCAAUCCGGCGCACAAACAGCACGGAGCAGGACCGUGUGGGGAUGCAGCGCGACCUACUGGAGGGGCAAGAAUCCAAGUUGCCCUCAUCCAUAAGGAGCAACCUGCUGGAUCUCUUUGGGCAGAUCGAGCGGGAAUUUGAGAAUCUCUACAUAGAGAAUUUGGAACUUCGCAGAGAAAUCGAUACUCUGAAUGAGCGGUUGGCUGCGGACGGGCAGACCGUUGACGGCGGCGACCUGAGCAAAGGACCACUGAAGGCCAAAGCCAGCCACAGUACGAGUCAGCUGUCUCAGAAGCUGAAGACCACCUACAAGGCGUCUACAAGCAAGCGAUCACAUUCUUUUCCUGGCAAAGUAGGUGGACCUUGCAACUUCAAUGUGGGAAACUGGGAGUUGUGGGGUGGAGACUCAUGGGUAACGGCUUUGCUUCCCCCGUGUGUCCCAGUAUGCAUGAACAGCCCGUCGAUGGGGUUGAUUGUGUCCAGUUUCAAAGCCACCACCUCUAGGGCACUGUGCCAGCUGGCGAAAGAGUACGUGGGCCACAGGGAUGGCAUCUGGGAUCUCAGCGUCAGCCGCGCCGCCCCGGUCAUCCUGGGCACAGCCUCUGCCGAUCACAACGCCAUGCUAUGGAGCAUCGAGACGGGCAAGUGUCUCCUGAAGUAUGUUGGCCAUGCUGGGUCAGUUAAUUCCAUCAAGUUUCACCCUACGGAGCAAAUGGCCCUCACAGCUUCUGGUGACCAGACAGCCCACAUCUGGAGGUUUGUGGUCCAACUGCCAGCACCACAGCCUGUCGCCGACAUCAGCGUCCCCUGUGAGGACGACGUAGACUUCUCAGACAAGGACGACGCCGACGGCGAGCCCGAGGGCCCCAGUGAGUGCCCGUCGGUGCGAGUUGCCUCCACCGUGCUUAAGAGUCACCAGGGUGUGGUCAUCGCUGCCGACUGGCUGGUGGGUGGCAAGCAGGCGGUGACGGCAUCCUGGGACCGGGCCGCCAACCUCUACGACGUAGAGACAUCUGAACUGGUGCACUCGCUGACCGGUCAUGACCAGGAGCUGACGCACUGCUGCACGCACCCAACGCAGCGGCUGGUGGUGACAUCAUCGCGGGACACCACCUUCCGCCUGUGGGACUUCAGGGACCCGUCCAUACACUCCGUGAACGUCUUUCAGGGCCAUACUGACACGGUGACGUCUGCUGUCUUCACGGUGGGUGACAACGUGGUGUCCGGCAGUGACGACCGCACUGUGAAGGUGUGGGACCUGAAGAAUAUGCGGUCUCCCAUAGCAACCAUCCGCACUGACUCAGCUGUUAAUAGGAUCAGUGUUUCCGUGAGCCAAAGAAUCAUUGCUCUUCCUCACGACAAUCGGCAAGUCCGUUUGUUCGAUAUGGCAGGGGUACGGCUGGCAAGGCUUCCACGUAGCAACCGGCAGGGUCACCGUCGGAUGGUGUGCUGCUCCGCCUGGAGUGAGGAGAACCCCUACUGCAACCUGUUCACCUGCGGCUUUGACCGGCAAGCCAUUGGCUGGAACAUCAACGUUCCUGCACUGUUGCAGGAGAAGUGAGCCGCCUCCCAUCAUGACGACUGCGUCCCCGCCGCCAUGUUUCCCCCCCCACUCAUGUCCAGCACGCACACAUCUUCAAGACCCCUGUGUUCGAAUUACACACACUGUAGAUAAUGUGAAACCACACCCAAGGACAAGGGGGUUGGCAUGUGUGGCGUGUCUGCAGAGUGUAUGUGUGUGUGUGUCAGUAGUCGGGAUGGCUUUUCGACCAGCUCACACCCAGACGGACGUAACGUUUUGUGCUUGGCUGCUCUCUAGAUUAAUGCUCGAACUCUGUUUGUAAAAGAUUAGCGAUGAUUUGGUGACUUUGGAGCCAAACGGACACAAAAAAGACCGAUCUCCAUGAUGCGGAUGGAUGGCGUUGUUGGAAACUUCCUGACUCCCAUAUAGGACCUAUACCAGGCUAGCUGCCCUGGAGACGUCAUACCCAGCGCUGGAGGGCAACAUUCAGCCUAGGUUUCCGCUCUGCAAAUCUGUAGUGCAGCUAUAGCAGUCUUCGUAAGCGCCCGCUGUUCCAUCUAGUGUAUUCCAAGGUUGGUUCAUUGUUACGUCUAGCUGCACUGUGGAAUUUGUACAUUAAUACUUUUUACACACCUGUGAUGUUCAUGCCAAACCUUAGUGGGAAACUGUAGAUAUAGGAUUGGCAAAAGCUAUAAAUUAUCCUCAGAUGAUGUUUUGGAAUUCUCAGUGCCCUUCUGUUAGGUUGUCGAGCAGAUCCUAAUGUCAGGAUUUUUACGUUGGGGUGGUGUGGGUAAGUAUUUUUAAAUUGUAUAGAUUACGCUGGUUUUUACAGCCACAUGGCUGUUAUUUGUUUGAAUCUUCCUUAUGACUUGAUGUAAAUUGGUUUAUUAUACUCAAAACACUGUCAAAUGUCUUCUGAGUCUGGAAUCUAGACGAAACUUGAUGUUCGAUGUAAAUCCAUCAUGUUACUAGUGCAACUUUCACCGAAACAGCCCUAAAUUAGUUUCACGAAAAUAGGGCGUGCCAAUAAACUUUCAUAACAAACGUUUGCCUGCAGACUGUGGGAAUGUGACAGUUUAGUACAUCACUGGUGCAAGGUCACACAGCCAGAGUAGCCCUCCACCCCAGUAGGGGGCACCAGCGAGACUGAGGCUUUUGGUUUUCAAAGCAUUUCAUUUGAAAUUUCAGCUGACAAAAUCUUCUUGAUUUUGAAUCUUCUUGGCUUGAUCUUCAUACUGGAUAACGUGUCCGUUGUUGAGCCUUCAGUCAAAAAGCUGCCACACCCAGUGAAAAAAUACAAAAUGGGUGACAUCAUUGUCCUAGGAGAUUUUAGACCGUCUGCAAUAUACCUGACCGAAUUACCACUUUAACCUUUGCUAUAUAAAAACACUGUUACAUUUUUAACGUGUGACGUUUAAUUGAGCCUUUUUAACACAGCUAUUGUUUGUAGGGCAGUUUUGAAUGUGUCAGCGUCCAACGCCUUUGUGUAUAAGUCCAGUUUUGGGGGACAGAGUGUGCUUUUGUUUCAGCUUGGCUGAAUUGUCUCCACCCAGAAGCAUCCAAGAAACAUCUUCAAUUAAGCAAUUAGGGGCAGAUGGAGCCUGUGUUUGACCCAAUUCAGAUUGGUUCAUUCUAACAGAAUACCAACAUGCUCUUUGUUACAGCUGAUUUUGUGUAGUUCUAAACUAUCUCCCCCCUUAAUACUUUCAUCACGUUAAAAAGGGUCUUAUGGCUUUUAAUGAGUUUGAACUGCCUUUUGUGGAAGGUCUUAAGUAUUUCUGACUUUUCUCUCGCUAGCCUGAGUGGCUAAUUACAGUGUUAAGCUUUGGUUUGUAUAAAACAUUCUUAUACUGUAAUAAUUAUAUAUGUGUGGAUUUGGGUGCCUCAACGGGGGUUUCGUGCCAAUAUUUAAAAUUCUGUCAAACACUUCAUUUAAAAGUUUUUUUUUUUUUUAAAUGUAUGUGUGUUUUUUUGUUUGUUUUGUUUUAUCGAAUUGCUUUGCUUGAUAUUAAACAUGGACUUUGGAACGACUUUCAGAGUCGUGCUGAGAUCACAGAAUGACAGACUGGAGGGGCACAAGGAUGAGAAAAACAACAUUGCAGUUUAAACCGCGAAAGCGUGGGACUGGACGAGCCACGAAGCUGAUGGAAUUGAGCGAUGCUGCGGGUCGUUUCCAUGCCCGUAACACCGCGCCGCGUGCCCGCCUCCAUAAAAAGCACAAACGCUCCACCGAAAUAAAGUGUUUCAUUUCA